CGUGCUUCCUCGACGCUACAAUGGGGCAGAUCAAUGAGCACAGCUCUUCUCUCGUCGUAAGCAGCAUUUUUGUUUACCAGACCUCCAGAAUCUUGGUUGAUCCGUACUUAUCCUACUCCAAUGUCUGCUUUGCAUUUCCUGCUUUCCUAGCAUUCUUGCCUGGAACUCAUCAACAGAAUAAUCUUCACGCCUCAUUAGCAAGAUGCGGCUUCAAAACAUACCACCGUCCUUGUUGCUUUUGCUGUUGCAGCCCUCUCUUUCUUUUGCAUAUUGGCGCAUGGCUUGCAGUGUCUCCCAAACUUCUCGAGUCGACCCUAUCGUGGACCCAGGUACCGUGUCGGGUCAUGUGCACAAAUUCGCGGGAGGAAGCAAUGUCGACCAAAACUCCGAUUUCAAUUCUUUGCUACAGUCGCCUUGCUCGUCCUGUGAAGUUCAAUCAGACAAGUCAGCCUACUGGACUCCCCAGCUCUACUUUGCCCAUGCAAAUGGCAAAUUCGAAGAAGUCCCAAACUAUGGGAUGACGGUGUACUAUGUUGGCCGAGGAGGAACUCCAGCAAACACCAGCCCAUUUCCACCUGGCUUCAAAAUGAUAUCCGGAGACACCUUCGCUCGCUCCUACGACCAAAAUACACUAACAUAUUUGAACACACGGCCUGUGGCUGACAGGGUAAGUUUUAGAUGUAUCAACGAGGCUAACGAUAUUCCAGAAGAACACUAUAUGUUCCGCACCGAUUGUGUCAAUGGCAUGCGAGCUCAGAUCAACUUCCAAUCAUGUUGGGACGGCGUCAAUCUUUACAAGGAAGACAACUCUCAUGUUGCCUAUCUUUCAGGAAUCGACUACGGCACAUGUCCUCCCUCGCAUCCCGUCUCACUUCCUGGUCUUUUCUUCGAGGUACUUUACUUCACCAACCAAGUCGACCAGUCAGCCGGAGGGCAAUUCGUCUUUGCCAAUGGCGACCCGACAGGCUACGGUUUCCAUGCAGACUUUAUCAAUGCAUGGGACAUGGAUAUCCAAGACGCCUCAGUCAAGGACUGUCUCUACACUGAUGAUGGUGGCGUUAUCAGCGCCUGCAGUCAUCUAGCUCCAAGUCAAGAUGUUAAUUUUGCACGAACCUGUCCUCAACGACCAUCCGUGAUAGACGAAGUUUCCCUAGGCACCAUCGAUGCUUUGCCCGGUUGUAAUCCCAUCACGAGUGGCCCUGGACCAGCCCCUGAUCUCGGAAACUGUCCCGUGGGCAGCCACACCCCAAGCAAUUCUGCUGGAUCUUCUGGAAGCAGCAGCGCACCUCCUGUCCAAUCCACAACCUUGUCAGCAUCUACAUCAGCAGUAGCACCGCCUACACUUAGCUUGCCAACCUCAGAACCUACAACUUCCGCCUCUCCUCCGGAUACAACGAGCAUCAUGACCACAGUCACGCCACCCUAUAGCGAUGUGGAUCCUUCUCCUACCACUAGCUCUGAUCCAAUCAUCAGCAGCUCAUUCCAAACUUCGUCCAGCGAGCCUGAAACCACGAUUUCAAGCACCCCAAUCUACCCUCCGCCUGGCGGAGCUUCCACGAUGUCAUCAACCCAAGACUCAAUCCCUGUUACGAGUGCUCCAAUUCCGGACCCAACCGGCGGUGAUCCUGGAUCACAAUCGAGUCUCAUCACCGACAUGUUGCCCACCACAUCAGCAAUGGGUCCACCAGGCGAAGAAACAACAACCAUCACAAUCACCAGCUACAUUACCGUUACUGUCACCGUUCCAUACAACGCGCCUGGGGGUUUCUUUACUGUGACGGACCCAGGAUCAUCUACAUCCAUUCCUGCUCCAGCUGAAACUGGUGGCACUGCACCUACGCCUCUCCCAGAUACAACAGUCACUUUACCCGGCACCACAUUCACCGUAACCAUAGACAACAGCGAGGUGCCGACGACUGCCCCAACAGCUAGAACCACCACGGUCGCCCCAGGGACAAUUAUUACUGAGACAACCAGAACCAUCUCACUUGGUGAAAGUGGUAUGGUCGAGACAACGACGUUUAUUGAUAUAAGUGGGACAAUGUACACCAUUACCGGUCCGACCACCGCAACGUUCUUCUCCACCAACCCGUCAAUUCCUACCGAUGUAACGGUGCCUACAACCAGUUCAUCUCCGGAUGAAACAUCAUUGAGCAGUGAUGAGAUCACAUCCACAACAACGAUGACCUCGACAACCACCAUUACGGUUACAGUGACACCCACGAGCACCCGCACAAUCUCCGAGGCUGCAUUGACGGUUGACACAGCAUUGUUGAGCGGGACGACGGGGAUCGUGGAAAAUGAAGCCUUGACAUCGUCCGCAGUCAGCAUGAACGCAGAUGGAGCUCCUUCAACUGCCUUUGUGACUGUCACUAUUUCUGGGUCUGAGCGGGCAGACGAUUCAACUCCAUCCACAGCAACCGCCGAUACUACAUACUUCACCAUCAGAGGGAGAGAGGUUUUCCUAACUUAUCGAUAGUUAUUUCUGACUUGAGCAGCAGGACAUUUGGGAUUUGGACUGUUUGUGUAAUACUAACAAUUUAGCACGAGGAUGACAAGAAAACAAAGGGACAAGAGACGGCAUGUACAAUAAACGACGAUACCCCAUUAGAGGACGACAAACGAGACAGCAUAACACACUAAUACGACACGGCACAACAGCACAGCGACAUAGUUUCAAACAGCAUCCUUCCAAUGUUUCAGAAAACGGGCGGCAAAAUAGGGUUUGGGUUUUACAGAGGGAAACAUGUACAUUUGUAAUAGGUGAAGGUGAGUUAGGAUGGGGUGGAGGAUCUUGAUCGAGAAGUAUUUGUAUAGCAUUUUCGUUUUUGAACGAGCAAGAUUGUCAUAUGUAUGAAUAUUAUUUGGUAGUUCUAUAA